AUGCCGCUGAUACGGCUUCACAAGAAGUCUGACAAGGACGCCGCCGACAUGAACCACCCUCAGACUCAGACCUCCGAAGCGCCCGAGUUUCGCAUCAUCCGCUCAGACACCUACACUGAAGAGACAAUCGAUGCACCCCCCUUCCAGACGGUAGAAAGCCCCGGGACAUCCCCGCGCAAGUCCUUUGGCUUCUUCCGCCGGUCCAUCGACAGCGGGCGCAGCAGCCAGGACUCUCACUCGCCGCGGGAAAGCCGCUUUCCACGACUGCAUAUCGGCCGUCGGUCAAGGUCCGGCAGCUCCUCGUCCGUCAAUAUACCGGAUAACUUGCCUGAGGUGGGGGAUACCGUGGACGAGGAGGAGAGAGAGGCCCAGUGGGAGAAGCGGGCGACGAUCCUGGUGCAGGGCGGGUCGCAUUCCUCUGCCCCUUCGCUGGGAGUGCAGCAGGGCAACAGAUCGCGAAGCUCGAGUGUUGGCAAAGUGAACGAUCCAGAGGGAGAUGAAACUAUACAGGAAGCUAUACGGCUGCAUGAAGCUGGGGAUCUAGAAAAGUCAACGCACAUCUUUGGAAAGCUGGCGGAUCCCCAAGGACAGAAUAACGCCUUGAGUCAAGUUCUCUUCGGCCUGGCUUUACGACACGGAUGGGGUUGUCAACCCAACACCGAAAUGGCAGUCCAAUAUCUUAGCGCCGCAGCAUCAAAUUCAGCCUCUAUUGAAGAAGAAGCCCUUCGCGCCGGCAUGGUGAAAGGCGGUGCGGCAAAGGGUGAACUGGUGCUUGCUAUCUAUGAAUUGGCAAACUGCUACCGCAACGGAUGGGGCGUGGCCAAGGAUCCCGCUGCUGCUAGGCAGUACUAUGAAACAGCUGCCAACCUCGGAGAUACAGAUGCCAUGAACGAGGCUGGAUGGUGUUAUCUCGAAGGGUUUGGCGGGAAGAAAGACAAGUUUACUGCAGCCAAGUAUUACAGGCUGGCCGAACAGAAUGGGAACAAGACGCUGGGGAACUCUUGGUAUGACAUCCUCCAGCUCUGGUUCUACCUAGAGGAGAUACUGACUGAUUUACAGGAUCUGGAAGGAUAA